UAGUUUCGGACAUAUUCAGACAAAAUAUCAUCUAGAUCAUUAUAACAAGUACCAAUCGGUAGAAGGAACCUUGAUUGCCCAGUUAAUAGAAUCUGAAAACACAUUUCUAGAAGAGCCGAGGCGGAAAUUCACUCAUUUAUCGGAAAUAACAGCAUCUUUAAGAAUUGUCUAGGCGCAGUUUCAUAUUUGGUAAAUAUCACCCGGAUCGACAGCAAUAUCCCUCUCUAUGAUCUCCGAGGACUAGGGCAACUCACAUGUUCGCGGAAGUAUGGAUAUGAAUUUCUAGGAACAAUUUGCAAAGGACCGUAGCUAAUACGUAAUAUAAAGGAUAACUGAAGCGUGAAAUUUGACUUCAUCUUAAAAAAUAAGACGUACAUUAGGUUUUUGAUUAGGGAUUUUCAACAUUCAUUUGGAAUAAAGAGAGAUUUUCUGAUAUUUAUUAUAAAUAUAUUUGUUUUGAUAAUACAAGCGGGAACUAUGCAUUCGUAUUUAAGUGUCCUGUUCUUUCUUGGAUCAGUCGGAUGUGGAUUGGCGUGGUACAAUCGCUAUGACAAUGCCGUAUAUGGCGGGGGAUGGUCGCCUGAUAGGCGCAGCCUAAAAUCAUCGUGUUUGGGUCCACAAGAAAGGUGUAUGAAGUCAUAUCAAUGUUGCUCCGAUGAACGAGGCGUCCAGAUGAAGUGUAUGGUGAAUGGCGAUGUAGGGGCCGGCGAGUUUGGCUUCGGGCAGUGUACACCUAAUAAUCAGAUGCUUGAAGCGAUUCGCUAUGCAAAUGGGGGAAAAUUCGGCUUUAAAAAAGACGGUCAGUCUUGUGAGGACAGCUCCGAAUGUUAUGACCAGUGCUGCAGGAUCAUCAAGAUGCAUAGAAUGGGUUAUAAGAAGAAAUGCGGAAAGUCUUACGGAGAUGCAUGUUUUCAACGAGUGUACCAUCCUAAUGACAUUUUUGCAUAUGAUGGCUACAAUAAGGGCUACAAUAAGAAUUAGCCAAUCUUUACAAUUCAUCCAAAUAAAACAAAAAAACGUUUAGCAUCAUUUUAAUAUUCAAUCAACUGUUAAACAGUCUUAACGUUUUUAGUUAAAUAGAUUCUAACAGUAGAAUAAUGUACAAACGGAAUUCAACAUAUGCAUCUAUUAACUUAUUUGUGAACGAGGCAGUUCACAGUUCAUAACAGUGUUUGAUCGACAAAGCAUUCAUCUAGGUUAGGAUGACUGCGAUAUUUUCGUGACAUAUGAUGAAAUAAAACAUUGGGAGUA